CGUUAACUCAGCCUGGCGCUUUUGGCUAUCCAGAGACUUUUUGUAUCUUUCUCUUUUAUUGCUCUUCAAGAUUCAAAAGCCAGCUUCUCAUUCUUGAAUCUCAACAGCACAGAUAAAACAAUCCCAAUGAGCUCUUUACAGGAAGAAGAUUUCUUUGAUGGUCUUCCAGACCCACUUCUUCUUCUCAUCUUCAUCAAGCUAAAAGAUGCUAAAUCUCUCAUACGAUGCCUCUCAGUCUCCCGUCGUUUUGCUUCUCUUGUCUUCCAAACUGACACAGUCUUUCUUUCCAUCUCUCCUCACAAACCCAACUCAAAAUCAAGCCAUGGAUUACGCAUAAACAUUUUGAGGAAUAUUUUCUUCAAGCUCAUUGCCAAGCCACUCCAAUUUUUUCACCAUAGGAUAGCUCCUAACAAGUCUCCUGCUAGGAACUCUGGUAAUCUCUCAUAUUACUCUCCUAGUGAAGUUCUGAAGCGCUUCAAAGAUGUUCAAUCUCUGCACAUAGAGGUUCCUUCUCAUGUUAGGAAGAUGGGUUUGGAGGGUAAUGGUUCAUUGCUUAAAUGGAAGGCUGAGUUUGAUGCUGAGCUCAAGAAUUGUGUUGUUCUUGGCGCUACUUCUUUUCAAAAAAGCAAACACCAUUCUCAAAACCAGAGAGAAGACAUUGUAGAGCGAGUUUUAACUGAUGAUGAACUCAAGUUACGAGUUGUAUGGACGAUUUCUUGCUUGCUUGAUGCAUCUGCGAGGCAUUGGUUGCUGAAGGAGAUUCUAUCAAAACAUCACAGGCUUGAAAAUGUGACUAUAAGUGAUGUAAAUAAGCAAGGAAAGAUCUAUGUGGGAAAAGAUCAGAUUUGUGAAAUGAGAAAUGCAGUGAAGUUACCGGAAAUAGGAUCAUCAUCAGAGAGAAGCCGAGUUCCGGAUUUGAGCAUGAAGCUAUGGUAUGUGCCUGUACUGGAAUUACCAGAAACAGGUUUCUUGAUGAAGGGAGCAACACUUGUGGUGAUUAGACCUGUUGAUGGGGAGAUCAGAAAUAAUCAUAAUCAUGGUGAUUUGGUGGGUUUUGAUGGAGAUGAAAGUGAAAAAAAGACAUUUGAUGAAGCAGUGAGGGAGAUGAUGAAGAUGAGAAACAACUAUGUGAUGACAAUGAGCUCCUUUUGAGGAUUAGUUUUCAGUUAAAGACAAAUUGUCUGAUUUUUGGAAAUAUCUUGUUAGGAUAGUAUAUUAUAAUUAAGACUGUAUAUAGCCAAUUUUAGUUUUAAGUUUAAUACAAAGAUUUUAAUU